AUGCUCGACACCAACGCCAUCAAUACCCUAAUCUCUUUAAUCCGGCGAACCUCCAGCUGCAUCGACACCUUCACACUUCGCAACGCCAAGCAGAUGAAUAAAUGCUGGGAGCAAGCAAGCAAGAAAUGUACCAACUUUGAAGAACGCACAAUCGAUGUCCAGUACAAGAAGAAAGACCAUGAAUUCACCAUGUUCGUGCGACCGUUAUGGCAGUGGAGCCUCGACCUCAUUCGAGACCCACGUGUUGCUUCCUUUAUCUCUUGGGAUGCGGAGAGGCUCUUCCGAUUCGAUGGCCAACAGUGGGUUCCUUUCUACACCGAACCUUGGACAGGAUCUGCGUGUUGGAAUAUUCAGUCCUGUCUUCCAAAUGAUCCGCAAGCCAAAUUAUUUCCCUACAUCAUAUACGCAGACAAAUCCAAGCUGUCACCUUUUGGUACACAAAAGGGCUACCCAAUCAUUGCUCGCCUGGGAUGUCUGCCAGUCCAUAUUCGUAACGGCACAAAAUGGGGUGGAGGGCAGAUUGUUGGAUGGCUUCCUGUUAUUGAUGAAGACUCUAAGGAGUCGGGCAAACCUCAAUAUACAAACUUCAAAAAUGCUGUGUGGCACGAGGCCUUUUACAAGCCGAUUGAAUCGAUCGAAGCGUACUCCAAGACUGGAAUUUGGGUCCGUUGUGGGGAUGGACAAAGUCGCUGGCUUCAUCCGCUGGUUCUUAUGCUCGUGGCCGACUAUGAAGAGGCAACCGUUAUGACACUUACUCGAGGGGUGAAGGCACUAUUUCCCUGUCCAAUCUGUCUUGUCAAAACCAGCGACUUAUCUGAUUUUGAAGUGAUGGCAACACUUCGGACAGCAGCCGACUCCGAGAACCUAGUAGUUGCAGCUCAGCAGCCUGGAGCUUUGCAGGGAGAGCACGAAAAAAUUCUCCGAGAUGUAGGACUGCGAAAGGUCAAUCAGUGUUUGAACAUUGCUUUCAACGAUGGCGGCGAUCGUCGGUUCCAACUGCUGCUGCGAUGUAUUCGCAGCUUUGUUGUCAUCGACACCUAUCUUGCAUUGAAAAUUCAAACUGCGAACACAAUCCAGCAGGGGAGAGAGGAAGUCAAGCGAUUUGGAAGGCUUAUUCAGGAGUAUUCUCAAGCUUGUAUUGGGACAGAAUUCGCAAAAAACUGGAAUUUCCCAAAAAUUCACCUGCUUUUGCACGCAUUUGACGAUAUUAUUCGUAAAGGGGCAUCACGAAACUUCAGCACAAACAUUGACGAGUCUAUGCAUGGACCCAUUCGCGACGCUUAUCUCAAUCUUACCAACAAAAAGAAUGUGGGUCCUCAGAUCUUGAAGUUUGUUCAUCGAAGCACUGUCGCCACUCUGAUACGAGAGCAAAUCGACGACAUUGAUGAAUCUGUUGCGUUGUCAAAAAGAAAGGAAGAUGUGUCGAAGGACGGCAACAACUGUAACGUUGCCGACUCAGAGCAAGUUGGCAAUAGCGAAAUAGGUGGUAAACGUGAUAAAGUCUCAUUUCUUAGCCUUGAAACCAAAAUGGCUCAAGACGCUGGUUUUAAAAACUUCAGGACCCGCUUUACGUCGUUUUUCAACAAUUUUCUUCUUGCUUUCGACUACGUUUCCCAAGAUCACCCUCGGACAACUUUACAGCCGACAGAUGAGAUCCAACCCUAUAGCUUUCUCAAGGUCCACUUCCCCUCCCUUGAUAGUUGGGCGGGAGAAGCAGAUUAUCUUCGAUGCUCCCCUCAAUUCCAUGGCAGAGCUCGCUACGAUGCCGCAUUCGUGCAGACAACGGAUGGCAUUAUCGUGGCACGCCUGAUAUUUAUCUUUUCCUGCAAAUUCAAGGACAAAAUAUUGCCAUUUGCGCUGGUCCAACCGUAG